CCAUUGUCUCCUCCGCUUUAUCUCUAAACCUAAAAGUCUCUUUCACACCUACCUUAUAAAUCACAUCAAACCCUACUCUACUCUUUCUCUCCCUCUUUCCCUUGUGAGACUGCAAGUUGUUUGUUUGAUGAAGAACAAACUGAUCUUUUGGUGUAUUUGAAUUUGAUUGACUUCUGUGGAGAGAAAAGAGGGUCUGAAGAUGGAGGAUCUGUCGGGGAGCUCAUCGUUUUCUGGUUACAUCUCGAGUAGUUUCCCCUUACAAAGUGUGUUCGAUUUCAGCUGCGAAGAAGAGACGAUGCCAUUAGGGUUUAUGGAGUUGCUGGGUGUUCAAGAUCACUUGAACACGUCUUUAUUUGAUAUGACACAACAAGCUCCAUUACUAACCCGGUCGCUACAUAAUCCUUGUUCGACGAAGAUCGACUCUUCCGUUGACGUGUUAAAUCAGCCUGCUACUCCAAACUCUUCCUCGAUUUCAUCGGCAUCAAGUGAGGCUGUCAAUGAUGAGCCUGAUAAAGUGGACGACCAGGAAGAAGACCAGAAAAAGACCAGUAAACAUGAUGGUGGGUUUAGGUUGAAACCCAAGAAGACAAAUCAGAAGAGACAGAGAGAGCCGAGAUUCGCGUUCAUGACAAAGAGCGAGGUUGAUCAUUUGGAAGAUGGGUACAGAUGGAGAAAGUACGGCCAAAAAGCUGUGAAAAACAGCUCCUUUCCUAGGAAUUAUUAUCGUUGCACCACCAACUUAUGUAAGGUGAAGAAAAGAGUGGAGAGAUAUUUCAGUGACCCGAGCAUUGUGAUAACCACUUACGAAGGCCAACACACUCAUCCCAGCCCAAUCAUGCCUCGUUCAAGUCUUGGUGCGGGUACUUUUGGUAUGGAGCCAUUUGCUGCCAUUAAUGCAUUGUAUCCUUUGAACUUUGGCCAAAAUGGUUCGUCCUUUAACCCCAGUUUUAUCCAUGAGAGGCGUUUUUGCAGCCCAGCAUCGUCUUUGCUUAAAGACCAUGGCCUGCUUCAGGACCUUGUACCAUCCCAUAUGCUAAAAGAAGAGUAGUGUCCGUAUGUAUAUGUAAAAAAAAAAAUUCCCCCACCGACUUGGGUUGAAAGGAGGUAUAGUUGAAAAUGAGAUCAGUUCAUCUGGUAUGUGGUUUUUCUUGCUUGACAAAUGGCAAUUUCUCUUGUACAAGGGACCUGUUGCCCGACCUUGAUGAUCAUCAGUGUAACUUGGUUUUACUUUUUUGAAGCUAUUGGCCAA